CCUCAAGACUCAUCCUCUGCUCGUCGCCAUGGGAAUUGACACGGGCAAGAAGCAGCACGUCAAGUCGGGUCGCCGUUCGGCGCCCAAGAGCGAGGACCCUUACCUCCUCCUCCUCGUCAAGCUCUACCGCUUCCUGGCUCGUCGCACCGACUCUCGCUUCAACAAGGUCGUGCUUCGUCGCCUCUUCAUGAGCAAGAUCAACCGUCCCCCCGUCUCAGUCUCUCGCCUCAUCUACCUCUCCAAGAACGCCGGCGGAGUCCCCAAGGACGCCUCUUCCCCCGCCAAGACCAUCGUCGUCGUAGGCACCAUCACCGACGACAACCGUAUGGCGGCCGCCGAGUCUUUCCCCAAGCUCUCCGUCGCCGCCCUCCGUUUCACCGACACUGCCCGUGCCCGCAUUACCGCUGCUGGUGGGGAGUGCCUCACUCUGGACCAGCUGGCGCUCCGCUCCCCCAAGGGUAGCAACACCAUCCUGCUCCGUGGUGUCAAGACGGCGCGUGAGGCCAACAAGCACUUUGGCUUUGGCCCGCACAAGCACAAGAAGCCUUACGUCCGCUCCAAGGGACGUAAGUUCGAGCAGGGGCGUGGACGUAGGAAGUCGAGGGGUUUCAAGGUCUAAAGCGUGUGCGACACUGUCUCUCGCACGCUGGACGAGGAGGUGGUUGGUUGCUUGGAUGGGGUGGAGCAAUCAAGACGGAGAGACCUCGCUGGUCCCUACCGUUGCCAUCACUUGGUAUCCUUCGACCUCCCUUGCCCCUCGGCCUUCUCGCUCACAAACACCUUGUUUCAUCAGAGUCCCUAUCGUCUUCUGCCAUCCAAUGUACCACACACCCUCUCACUCACAUCACGAGCGC